AGGAAGAAAACGUGUAAUUUGUUCUGUUGGUGGUGCUGGAUGAAGUUGUGGAGUGGACGGUCAUGGACAGAUACCUGAAACGAACAUCAAAUUCAGAGGAGAAUGUGGAGGAGCCAGCUCAAAAAAAGAAGCGUGAAGCUUCCAUUGCGUGGGAUCAUUUCAACAAAACGGCUGAGAAAACACACGGUGUGUGUAAGUAUUGUGGGAAAGCGAUACGCACAUUGGGAAACACAACAAACUUGCUCAACCACCUGAAUCACGUCCACCCAGAACGCAUAAAAAAUAUCAAGGGCAAAAAUCCUACAACCGCGUUGGAUGUGUUUGCGGGAAGGGCCACGGUUUUUUAUACAAAUGAUUCGGCGAGGAAACGCAAACUUGACGAGAUGGUACUGAAUAUGAUAGCUGUCGACGUUCAGCCAUUCAGUUGUGUCGAGGAUGAAGGUUUUAGUGCCCUUCUUAAAAAGAUGGAUCCUCGAUACAAAUUGCCAAGUAGAACAUACUUGCGGGAUGUUUAUUUGCCAAGAGAGUACGAAAAAUGCAUAGAAACGCUGAGAGGAAUUCUAAACAGUGUUGAUCAUCUGGCACUAACAACUGAUUUGUGGACAUCUCGAGCCAACGAGGGCUACAUAACCAUUACAUGCCAUUUCAUAUCCAAUAAUUUCAAAUUGGAAUCGGCAAUUUUAUCAACACAACAUCUUCUAACGCCAACAAAUCACACCGCUGCAAAUAUAGCAAAAACGAUAAAAUCGGUGCUAGAUGACUGGGCGAUAGCGCAAAAAGUUGUAUGUCUUGUGUCUGAUAACGACGCUUCCAUGAAAAAGGCGUGCGUUUCAUUAAAAUACAAACACUUGCCGUGUGUGGCCCACACUAUUAACCUGCUGGUCCAGGACAUAUUAAAACAGCCAAUAUUAGAGGAAAUUAUAAGCAAAUGCAAGACUGUUGUAUCGUUUUUUAAAAGAAGCUCGACUGCGUAUGCAAAAUUCAAAGCAGCACAAAAAACAGAAACUCCAUAUGGCCUGGUUCAAGAAAUGCCGACGCGCUGGAAUAGCGCAUACGAAAUGAUCAAGCGAGUAAUUCUGACAAACGAAUAUAUUAGUGUAGUAUUGGCUGUAUCUCACAAUGCCCCUUCACCGUUGUCUGCCGAAGAAAUUGACGUUUUAAAAGAGAUUUCGAUAUUGCUUGCUCCAUGCGCGGAUGCAACCUUGUCGGUUUCGACGAACACCAAUGUCUCAAUUUCGUUGAUCAUUCCUGUAAUUUGUGAACUUUUCCACAAAGUUAAUGGAUUCGAUUUCAAAACAAUUGAAGGAAUCGCUGCCGCAGAUUACAUGAAGAUUCGUCUAAGGGAAAGAUUGUUUGCAUAUGAAACUAGAACGAUUCCUCGUAUCGCAACAAUUCUCGAUCCGCGAUUCAAGAAGCAAGGGUUCCUUGCCCAAUCGAACUCGGAGGAAGCGGCCAAGGCUUUGCAGGAAGAGCUGAACUCCGUUAUGACAACAACUCCACGACCGCAGCCAGCACCACCAACAGAGGAACCUUAUAUGAUCUUAUAUUUAUCCAAACGCACAUCCGUUGCAGAAUCAAAAUAUCACAGCUUCGAGCUGGAGACAAUAGCCUUUAUUUACGCAUUGCGCAGAUUUCGGAUAUAUUUGUAUGGACAACGAUUUAAGAUUAUUACUGAUUGCAAUUCUCUCACUUUGACGCUAGGUGGGCGUUAGAACUCCAAAAUUAUGAUUACGAGCUGAAACAUAGAUAAGGUAAUAAGAUUUAUGUAACAUGUUGACGCUCUUAGUAGAUGCACGAAUAUUUUGAUAGUAGAAUCAAAUACGUUUGAGGAUAAUUUAAUAAUCUGCAGAAACAACCUAGACUUCGAAGAGUAAAGACGUGCUAUAGGCAAAUCCACGCAAGUGUUAUCGGCAAUGAUUAUCUACCAAUUUUUUCAAAACAAAUAAGACCACAAAGCAAACUCGCCAACUAAAGCAAAAACAAUUUCUGCAUCUGAACAGUUACAAGAGUGCAAGUCCAUCGGGCAGCAGCCCAACAACAACAACCAUGACACGACUACCAGACAUAAACCAAACCACACCGCGAGAAAAAACACCUUACUAUACACCCAAAUUCAUCUUCAUUUAAAGAAAAAACAAAAAUGCAUCCAUUGAAAAAGUUCAUCAUCAAAAAAGAUAUUGACUUUACAUGCUGCGGGGAAGUAACGUCAGUUUCAAAGACCAAAGCAGGUACUCUUUUUGUCCAAAACAAAGACCUACUCCAAGCUCAAUAGCUAAUGAAACUCACUGAAUUCCACGACUUUGAAGUUGAAACAUCAGAACACAAAACACCUAACUAUUCAAAAGCAGUCAUCUAUUCCAAUGACUUCCGAUACAUAAGCAAAUUCUCAAUGAACUCAAGGCGCAAAACGUCACCGAAGUAGAUAAAACACUCAGAAAGAAAGAUAAUAAUCUUGAAGAAACCGGACUCAUCAUUCUCACCUUCGCCACCACCACCUUACCCGAAACCAUAAAUAUUGGAUAUGAACGUGUCAAAAUUCGAUCACACAUUCCUCGAUCUCUUUAAAGCCGAAACUGCAAAAAAUGUAAUCACAAACGCCUGCAAUAACGGCAAAACUUGCUCUAUCUGCUCUGAAGUUCACUCCCCCGACGACGAAGAUUGCACCAAGCCUAAAUUCUGCAUCAACUGCAAACACCUCGACACCUAUUAAAACAAUAGAAAAUGUUGAUUUCAAAAGCGCCACAAUAAUCUACAUUCAGCGUCACUUCCAGAGUUCCACUCCUUACUCCCAAAUGGCAUCACAAGCUCCUUCAAAUUCUAACGCCCCAGUUCUGGAUAAAUCGGACACUCAUGAGAUCACGACCUACGACGACAUCAUACAACCUACCCCACAAACUCCAAGCGAGGACAACAUCGAAAUGCAUAUAACAGAAUCUAACACAACCAGUAAGAACACUCUAAUAUCGGACUGCACUCUCAGAAGCCACAACAAAGAAAAAACCAACCCUCUGGCUAUACGAAAAUCGAAAACAGUGAAUACAAACCAACUAAAACACUCAAAGUAACCCAAACAACACUGCAAAGGAACGAUAUUAAUUAAUCACUCAAACUAGUACUAAGUAAUACACCUCUCUUUACAUUUAAUGCUUUAAAUCCAUGGAUAUAGAAAUAGCAACAUCGAACUCGAAACCCUGAUCAAGACCAUUAACCCCCUAAUUCUUGCCCUACAAGAAACACACAUAACUUUAACAUUCUACGCAUUCCUAUUAACUACACACACGCCACUGAUGUAAAUGUGGUCGCACUUGCCCUCCCAACCUGUGAUCAUCUUCCUCUAGCGUUUGCUGAUGAUCCCUUUCAUCCUACCACCGCGUAGACAU